AUGCGUACGCGGGCCGACAUCCGCCCGCGACGGGGCUCGCGCACCGACAUGGCGGCGGCCGAGGGCGGCGGCGGCGGCGGGGCGCGGCCGGACGCGAUGGUGCAGCGGGCCGAGCUGGGGCCGCUGCUGGCCAUGGCCCUCAGGCCGGGGGAGUCCUGGUACCUGGUGGACAGCCGCUGGUUCAAGCAGUGGAAGAAGUACGUGCGCUUCGACAGCUGGGACAAGUUCGGCGCGGGCGAUCCCGGCCUCUUCCCUGGGCCUAUCGACAACUCGGGUCUCUUCGGCGAUCCAGAAACUCAGAGUUUAAAAGAACACCUCAUUGAUGAGCUGGAUUAUGUAUUGGUUCCCACCAAAGCCUGGAAUAAACUAGUAGCAUGGUACGGCUGCAUAGAUGGACAGCAGCCUAUUGAGAGAAAAGUAGUGGAAUAUGGUCUGUUUGUGAAGCACUAUAAGGUUGAAGUUUAUCUUGUUGAGCUGAAGCUGUGUGAGAGCAGCGAUCCUGAUAAUGUAAUUAGCUGCCACUUUAGCAAAGCAGAUACUGUUGCUACCAUCGAGAAAGAAAUGAGAAAACUAUUUAAUAUCCCAGCUGAGAAGGAAACUAGGUUAUGGAACAGGUAUAUGAGUAACACUUAUGAGCAGCUCAGCAAGCUGGAUAGCACUGUGCAAGAUGCAGGGCUCUAUCAGGGUCAGGUUGUUCUAAUAGAAGUGAAAAAUGAAGAUGGCACAUGGCCUGGACAGCAUUUCCUGGCAAAAUCAAGUACUGCAACUAGCAGAAACUUUACUACCUCUUCAAAAUCAUCAGCAAGUUCUUAUUCCUCAGUGUCUGCCACUUCUGUCAUUACUAAUGGUGAUAGCAGUAACUCCUAUGGACUGAACAGCUCCCACCUGGGCAGGGGAGGUUCUGGAUUUGUCUGCAACUCUUACAACUGCAGGGACAGUGCUUCCCUGUCACAACCUGGACUCUGUGGACUCAGUAACCUUGGAAAUACCUGCUUCAUGAAUUCUGCAUUACAGUGUCUGAGCAAUACCCCUCCUCUGACUGACUAUUUCCUGGAAGAUAAAUAUGAAGCUGAAAUAAAUCAGAACAAUCCACUGGGGAUGAGAGGAGAAAUUGCAGAAGCCUAUGCAGAGCUCAUUAAACAGAUUUGGUCUGGGAGACACUCUCACGUGGCCCCACGUAUGUUUAAAACACAGGUUGGCCGAUUUGCUCCUCAGUUUUCAGGAUACCAGCAGCAAGAUUCGCAGGAGCUCUUGGCUUUUCUUCUAGAUGGCUUGCAUGAGGAUUUGAACAGAGUGAAGAAGAAGCCCUACUUGGAGCUGAAGGAUGCCAAUGGCAGACCUGAUUCGGAGGUGGCAAAAGAGGCCUGGGAGAAUCAUAGGCUGAGGAAUGAUUCUAUCAUUGUGGAUAUUUUUCAUGGUCUUUUCAAAUCUACCCUUGUUUGUCCCAAGUGCUCCAAAGUUUCUGUGACCUUUGAUCCUUUCUGUUACUUAACCCUUCCACUGCCCUUGAGGAGAGAUCGUCUCAUGGAAGUUACCCUGGUAUAUGCAGACCCACAGCAUAGACCUGUCCAGUACCGGGUUGUGGUGCCAAUGAUGGGGGCCAUCUCGGAUCUGUGUGAAUCACUCUCCAAGCUCUCUGGUGUUCCUGCAGAAAAUAUGGUGGUGACAGACGUGUAUAAUCAUCGAUUCCACAAAAUAUUCCAAAUGGAUGAAGGUUUAAAUCAUAUCAUGCCAAAAGACGACAUCUUUGUGUAUGAAGUUUGCAAACCAAGUGAGGAUGGCUCGGAGUAUGUUACUCUCUCUGUUUACUUUCGGGAAAAGACAAUGAGGCAAUCCAGCAAUACUUCAGGGACCAUACUCUUUGGUCAGCCACUAUUAAUAUCUGUGCCGAAACACAAGCUCACUGUGGAUCACUUAUACAGUGUGGUUUUGGAGCAGAUCAGCCGCUAUGUGAAACUCCCUUUGGCAGAAGAAUACUCUACACCCUGCCCAGACAGAGGAACCUGCAAUGGCUCCAAUGGUGUGGUUGAAGGUGACAUUGAAGAGAUGGAGCAUCAGGAUGGUGGACAGGAAGGCAAGGAAAAGCUGGCAGAAGUUGAUCCCUGCCACUCUGACGGUUGUAUGCAGAUCGAGUCAGCAAGAGACCUGCAGCCUUGCAAGAAGCAGCAUUUCACUUUUAGCCUCGUGAAUUCCUCUGGGACCUCUGAGAUAAACUCCAUUGUAGAAGGGAAAAUCUUAAAACUGAAUGCUUUUUCUGCGCUUGCUAUUGACUGGGAUUCUGAUACGCGGAGGCUACUUUUUGAUGAACAGGAGGCACAGGCAUUUGAAAAACAUGGAAGCAUGUUACAACCACAGAAGAAGAAGGCUGUGGUAGCCCUCAGAGACUGCAUAGAGCUCUUCACUACUAUGGAAACGCUUGGUGAACAUGACCCGUGGUACUGCCCCAACUGUAAGAAACAUCAACAGGCCACAAAGAAGUUUGACUUGUGGUCUUUGCCCAGGAUUUUGGUAGUGCAUUUAAAACGCUUCUCAUACAGCAGAUACUGGAGGGAUAAACUUGACACUGUUGUGGAAUUCCCUAUCAGGGGUUUAAACAUGUCCGAGUUUGUCUGCGACCCAAGAGCAGGCUCAUAUGUGUAUGACCUCAUUGCAGUUUCCAAUCACUAUGGAGCCAUGGGAGUAGGCCACUACACUGCCUACGCAAAGAACAAAGUGAAUGACAAGUGGUACUACUUUGAUGACAGCAGUGUAUCGGUGGCUUCAGAAGACCAAAUAGUGACAAAAGCGGCGUAUGUGCUGUUUUAUCAGCGCCGAAACAGUGAGGAACAUACUGCCCCAUCUCCUCCCCAAGAAGAGUGUGACGGCAUGGAUACCAACUAAACAUCACCUCCAGCACUCGGCCACCAUGUUAGCGGUUGCUCUUCUAAAGCCAUGCUUGAGGCAUCUGAAAAUUUUUCUUCCUUCUGUAGGAGUCAAGCAGAAAAUCUAGCACUGAAAGAUUCAGUGCUGAGGGUUGCAGAAUAGCACUGGAGAGCCAGGAGUAGGUGCUGACACUUGGGUAUAUAGAGGCCAAAAAUAAUAUAUAUUGGAGCUUCAAUAAAGUUCUUUUUAAAAUCUG